CUUGAAACUCUACUUCCAUUUUACGCCUCACCAACGCCCACCUUAAAAACUACCAUGGACAGUGACGAAGACUUCGGCAGCGAUAUCGACGAUUCCGAAUUUAUAGCCGCCGCCACACAAGCCGAACAAGAGUUCAGUUCCAAUGCGAACCGCACCAUAAGCAAUGGGGGCGACCUCCUGCCACCCGAUGACUUCAUCGACGACGCCGAUAUCGAGAUGAACGACUUCAUGUCGUUCUCGCAAGCUCCCAUACCUCCACGAGGAAACCUACGACAAACAACACUUUUCGGGGCCUCGGUGGUGGAGGCGAGUUCACCCCAGCAGCAGAAGCAGAAGCAGAAGCAGCAGCAGCAGCAGCAGCGACCGAGAGCGAAUUGGCCACUGUCAAAUCAGGAAGAAAAGCCCACACACCACAAGAUCGACCGCGAAGCUGCAAAGACGUGGAUCUACCCAAUCAAUGUUUCGUACCGCGACUACCAGUACAAUAUAGUGCGCCGUGCACUGCUAUCAAAUGUACUAUGUGCUCUCCCCACAGGUCUGGGUAAGACAUUCAUCGCGGCCACGGUCAUGCUCAAUUGGUUCCGAUGGGCCCCCGAAGGACAAAUUGCCUUCCUGGCGCCCACCAAACCACUCGUUCACCAACAGAUCGAGGCUUGCUUCACUAUCGCCGGAAUACCACGGAGUCAAACAGCAACGAUGACGGGCGGUGUGCCGAAAGCGCUACGGCAAGAAUACUGGGAGGAACGGAGGGUAUUCUUUACGACACCACAGACGAUGCAGAAUGAUAUUAAGAACGGACUUUGCGAUCCGAAAAGAAUCAUAUGUCUGGUGGUUGACGAGGCUCAUCGGACCACUGGUGCGUACGCGUACGGAGAAGUCGUGAAGCUCGUACGGAGGGAAAAUACCAGCUUCCGUUUGCUUGCCCUUACAGCGACGCCUGGCUCCACCGUGGAGGCUGUCCAGGGUGUCAUCGACGGUUUGGGUAUAUCCAGGGUAGAAAUCCGGACCGAUGAAUCCCUCGAUAUCCGGCAGUAUAUCCAAAGGCGGAACCUUGAGGUUCAGACAUUCUCCAUGCCACCGGAAAUGGUCGAGCUGAGGGACUUGUACUGCAAAUGUUUGGAGCCGCAAUUGAAAAAGCUGAACGCUGGUAAAGCAUUUUAUCAAACCAGAGCCGAAAACCUCACGCCCUUCGGUGUAAUAUCAGCGAUGGGAGAAUGGAGGAAUUCUGCACAGGCUCGGAACAUGAACAAGGGCUACUUCUUCGGUUUGAUGAAGCUCUUCAAGAAUCUGGCCAGUCUUGCGCAUCCACUCGGUCUCUUGGAGACGCACGGCGUUCGCCUUUUCUACGACAAGCUGAUCAAUGCGCGGGAAGAUGAGACCGACGAAGAAGUGACCAAGUCUGCUGUGAACUCGAUCCGCAAGGAAAAACCCUUCACACAGGUUCUUGAGCGAGCAGCACAAAUCGUAGCCGAUCCCAACUUUUCCGGUCAUCCAAAGGUCGACUUCAUGGUCAAUGCGAUUCUGAAGCAUUUCUCUGAAGCCGAAGAUGAAGAUACAAAAAGAGAGACCAGAAUCAUGGUGUUUACGAGUUUCAGAGAUAGCGCAGAAGAGGUGACGCGAAUGCUCCGGAGACACGAACCCUUAAUCCGCCCGCAUGUUUUUGUGGGGCAGGCCAAUUCUGGGAAGAAUUCGGCUGGUAUGUCACAGAAACAACAGCUUGAUAUCAUCUCCAAGUUCUCUGACGGAACAUACAAUACUCUAGUCUCGACUAGUAUUGGAGAGGAAGGACUGGAUAUUGGAGAGGUUGACUUGAUUGUGUGCUACGACACUUCAGCAUCACCCAUCCGACUUUUGCAACGUAUGGGCCGAACAGGUCGUAAACGGGUAGGCUCCGUUCUGGUUCUUCUCAGUGAAGGACGCGAACACGACAAAUACAAAAGAGCUCUGGACAACUACGCAGUGAUGCAAAAGAAGAUUGCGUCAGGAGCCGACUUUUCGUUCCCCCACGAGCUGUCUCCUCGCAUCAUCCCGAAAGAUAUCGACCCUCAACCAGACAAAAAACACAUCGAAAUACCAGUCGAAAACACGCAACCGGAACCAGACAAACGGAAACCCAGGACAAAAAAGAAGGCGCCAAUCAAAAAGUUCUUCAUGCCCGAAGGUGUCCAGACUGGCUUUACCAAAGCGUCGCGGAUAGGAAAGGAGCAUGUUCUGUCCACCGAUUCGUCCGGUGGUGAAUCGGAAAACGCAGCCCGGGCAAGCGGAGCUCCGGGUGGGACGAACGAAGAGCCAUUAGCCCCUUUACUCGACGAUUACGCUGCUCUACUCACAGAGGCAGAACAGCUGGAGCUGCACCGACACUAUAUCCAGGAUUUCUCGGGUCAGGAUACCGUGAUCGUCGAGCACCCGCGUCUAGACAAAUUCCCAGAAACACAGAGAAACCUGGGGCCGAUAAAACAUGUGCCCCAUAGUGUGGUCACAAAACGCUUUGUUAAUAUGAUUGGUUGCAUGCGAGCAAUCGACGACGCCAGACUGGAGCGUUUCCAGAGUACCCUCGACCGGGAUCUCCUCAAGAGCCCCAAGAAAACGUUGGCGUUCAAGCCCGUAAGACCAGCGGCAAAACCCCCGGCAAAACCCCUACUGGCCCAACGAAAACUACCUGUUAAGUUGAAGGAGAAGAGGGGGGCACGGAAUGACACUGACGAUGGCGACGACGAUGAUGUGGAAAUUAUAUCACCACCACCACCGCCACCAAAAGCUCGCACACGAGGCAAGCUGGUGAAGCUGGCAGCUCCUCCCCUCGUAUCGAGUGGCGACGACGAGGACGUUGUCGUGACGUCGAAACGGAAACGGCAGAAGGUUUCCACUGCCGGCUCGGACUCGGACUCGAGUCUUCCCGACGCUGCAGACUUGCUGAAUAGUUUUCGGUGGGCUGGGAGCGGACAGAAGACGAUGUAGCUUGGAGAGCGGAGAGCGUGGGGCGGGCAGAUCCAGGUGUCCGUUUGGCUAGAGAUGUAAUCUUGUCUAUCAUACAACGAGGUGUUUGGCGUGGUUCAUUCUCUUAUAAGUUUUGGCAGGAAUGGGCUUCCUUUGCUUUGCUCCUCUGGGGUUAAUGUAUAAGUAUAAUAGCAAAAAAUGGGGUGCGAUUGCUACCAGCGGAGAACGUAUAUCAGUGUGAAUACCGGG